GCAAUAUACUAAAUUCUGAUCUGAGGAUCAGCUGAAAGCUGCAAUAACAAAAAAAAAUCUGCAGGAAGAAGAAACAAGCAAGGCGAAAAUAAUAAAUAUAUAUAUUUAUUAUAUAUUACAGAAGGUCGCAAACCGUGUAAAGCUGCAGAUUGAUCUUCACAUGGGCAUUGUCUUGUCUAUUUAAUACUGCAUUUCUUCUAAGAAGAAUUUAUUUUCACGUAUUGUGAACAUUUUUCGUUUUAAUUUUUUAUUUUUUUAGAACAACUACCUCAAUUAUAAGGCUACCUAAAGCUGUGCUUUAAGACAUUUUAUCCGAUAUUUUAUCGACAGUUACGUUUACACCUUUUAUGAUACGACAAGAGCAGGUCUUUGCACUAGUACCAAGUGAAACCUUACAACUGCACUGAAAACUGCCUCGCGCCUGAGCUUCUGGCCAAGAAAUUAUCAAGACUAGCAUGCUGUGAUUCACACUGGACCUUUUUACAACAAGUGGUGAUCUACAGUGUACAACUUUUCACCUUCACUUUCACCAGCUUAACGGGCACAGCUACAAUGUUCCAACGACUAAGCAGCCUCUUCUUUGGGAGCCUGGAUCAGACACCUGAAGGAUCAGCAGAGCCCAAACCUAGUGUGUCCGAUGCCGAUGAAGAUGGUUGGCUUCUUGUCAACCUACCAGACAUUCACAGAGCUUGCUCUGGGGAAGGCAACUGGGUUGAACAGGAACAUGAGAGGGACAGGCCCCAGAGACUCUCCCCUUCCUCAUCAGACCAUUCAGGGAAGGUAAUGGAGGGGUAUGCAACACACCCACCCUCUUCUACCGCUGGCCGCUGCAGGACACGCCCCUCCUCCUGUUCUCCUGAUUGGACAGGGUUCAUAACUUUGGAAAGCCCAACCUCCUGCCCACUGGGCUCUUCUCCUCCGACCCCGGGGUCACAGAGUGACUGCAGCGGCAGGUUCAAACCCCGCUGGAUGGAUGAGAGUUGGUAUGUCACCCCUCCCCCCUGUUUUACUGCAGAAGGUGCCACACCAGAAAGCAGCCCAUUGGAAGAUUUGCUCAUUGAACAUCCCAGCAUGUCUGUCUACAUGGAAUCUGGCAUCCAGUCAAUCAAUGAGGAGAUCGAGACACUUCCACUUCACGAAGUCAACCUCAGAGUGGAACCUCUGCCUUCAGGUGGACAGACUAUUUCCAGCAGAGCAUCACGGGGCUCUGAUACGAACAUUAUGUCAAAGGUCAACCAAGUUUCUAGAGUCCAACGGGCCAAGGCACGGGUUGAGAGACGGCAGCUAAGCAGAAACCUCAUGCAGCGGCAGAACUGCCUCCGCGAGAAUCUUCCUCAACGUCGCAGUCGUGGCAAGGGGAGCUUUGUGCACCAGCCAUGCCGGCGUCAGUUUAAUUAUUAAGUCAGAGGGGCUGUUUACACUGAGGGCCUGACACUUCCAUCCUUCCCUCUUGCCAUGCGUACUGCCCUCAGACCUUCUGAAGUCAGGCACCGGUUAGCGUCUCCAUGAUGUUAGUUUUAGUGUAUGUUUUCUGGCUGUUGCUAACAUUAUUUUUUCCUUUUAAGGGACUUUCUUUUUUUAUAACAGGCCUACAUUUUUACCCUAGUCCGGCUGUUUCAUCCACCUUCCAAGAGCUGUUGUGCCUAAUCUUACAAAGGACAAAUGGAGCAUACAGCUACAUUCUUUGUAAAGGCAGUCCUGUGUAGAUUUCCACAAUUUGUCAUUCAACUUGAUGUCUUCAGCAUCAUCACUGGGUUGUAGAAGCAGGAUUAGAACUAAAGUGUCUCCACACUCUGAGCAAAGGCAGCUUUGUGCCACACUUUACUUCAGUAGCUUACAGAGAAAUAGUAGGAUAACUAUAGCUGUUACUUGUAUACGUCCAGUUUGUGUUAAGUGCGUACAAAAAUAAUUGUAGCCGUGACAAAGUAGAAGCGCCUUGGAAGACGUGUUAAAACAUUAGAGAUAAACAGCAUUAUGUUCCUAUGAGAGUGCAGCUCUGGAUUCAAAAAAUAUCAUUUAACUUGUUAUUUUUAAUUAUUCUUAGCAGACACUUUAUUUAGAAAUUCAAAGUUUGCUUAUAAUAGGUUCUAACCAUUUCAUUCUUCUUCUGCUAACUUGGGUGGAAGCACAAUAGAAAAAAAACAUUUUCCCCAAAUGUAAAUGUGAACUUCUUCUAAACCAUCAACUCAUCAGUGUUCUGAAUCUACUUUGUAAAAUGUACAUUAGACAAUCUUAUUUAGGACAUAUUGCAGUGGGUCAGCAUUCUGGUCAGAGUCAUUGUAAAUAUCUGUUUUAAGGUGGACUGCAGCAGAUUUGGAAUUGAUGUAGUUAUGUACUUCCUACUCCAGUCUGCACAAAUUACAACUUGGCAGACUGUUAAUUUAAAAAAAAUAACAAAUAAGAAGGAGGUUUUAGAUUUUUUUUUUUAAAUUUUGACCAUGAUUUUUAUCAUUUUAGAAUUUUAGUAAUGUAGUUUGAGGAACCAUUUCAAAGCUAUCAUUCUUUUAUUGUGAAAGAAGGUAGCCUCUAGUAGAAGGAAAAAACACUAUCAUAGGAAUUACAAUAAUAAAAGUCCAAUAGAAAUAUGUAAUAGAUCUGCAAAAAAAUUGGAAAUUUAAAAAAGUAGAGUGAUACUCUCACAUUAAAGCCUUUACAUAUUAGCAUCAAAGGUGUCGAUACAAGCUAGAAAAUUCUACACAUCCAGAGUACAGUUGUUUGCUUUACUAAAAAUAAUGUAACCACAAGCAUGGCUGUAAUAGCCAUAUAUAGGUCUCAAAAUGGUGUCAACAAUAACCAACACUGAAUGCAAAAGUGGGAAAAAUAUGAAAAUGUUGUUUCAAGCAGUGGUAACAGGCUAGUGGUUUACACAAACUAGUGUGGUAUAUUUAGCUGGCUAAGUUUACUUUGGACUGAGCAUAUGAGCUUUUCAUCAAUUUUAAUUCCACUAAAAUUUUCAAUCCAAAUGAAAAAUCCCAAUUUUGCAGACAAAAUUAGAAAUUUACAAACAUGUUCUUUUUAGUUAUUCUAGAUGCUCAUAAUGGGUCCAGAAUACUUCUGUUUCCAUACUGACAAAUCAUUCCUCUGCACUUCCUGAUGGAAACACAACAUCAGGAAAAAAAAUUCAAAAUUACUAGAUUAGGGAAAUCGAAAUACUUCUAAAUCAUUCAUUCAUCAACUUUCUGUACCUACUUAUGUCAGUGGGUGCAAAUCGGGUCCCAUCAUAGCACACACUAAACAGGUGAAUGUUAGACUUGUCAGUCAACCUAAUCUGCGUGUUUUUGGUGAAUGUCAUUAAACUGGUGUCACCCAAAGAAAACCAAAGCAGAGUAUUAAUCCACAGCCCCUCAAUUAUCAGAACUGCUCAGCAUGAGGGACCUUUGAAAUAACCUUGUGGUGGAAACAAAAUAACAAUCUGAGAAAUCAUUAACUAGAAACUAGGGCCCUUAUUGGGUGAAUUACUCUACACAACUUGUUACUCAUUUAAAUGCUUGAAAAAGCUAUCAGUUUAUCUGAGCAGUCUUCUGGUCUGUGCAUUAAUAACAAACAAAAAAUCCAAAAGUAUUUCAAAAGCAGACAUAAUUCUUAAAGUCUUUCGUUAGCCCAGUCAAAAAAGUAAGAAAGAUAAGGUCAAGUUAAAAUAAUAAUUCAGUACAGACAACAUGUGGUAAAACAAAUAACAUAGAUAAAAGUUUUUUCCCAUUUGGAGAGAAAAAACUGGGAAUUAAGAACAUUUUUAUAACAUCAUUAUGAGGCUAGCACAGUGAUCAGCAUUAUUCCUCACAGAUCCUACAUUCAGUGGUUGUGUGGCAUCUGCAAUGGUCUUUCUCCCACAUGCACAAAUUAGAUUUACUAAUGUUAGAUUAAUUGGCACUUGUAAACUGGCCCUGUGUGAGAAUUUUACAUGACUAUGCCCUACAAUGGACUGGCAUCCCCCUCCAGGGUGAUUUCUGAUUUGCCACAGUGUAGUCAGGACCCUCAAUUAGAUUUAGUGGGUUCAAGGAUGAGAUGAGAACUAUUAGUAAAAUGUCAUGCAACAAUUUUAAUCCUGCAUAUAAAAUGUGGGUUUCUUAAAGAAAAAUUGCAUCUAUCAUUCCUUCAUUAGAGGAGAUUUAUUAUAAAUGAAACUACCAGCAUGAAAUAAGGUGUGGCUUCAAGUUUAUUUUACAGCAUUUAAAGUUCAAGUCUGCAAAGAGUGACUUUCUUCUCAAAUGGAGCUCUUUGCACACAUCUGUUGGCAGGUGCACACAAAGAAAUUGCCCUGAUUCCAUCUUGAGAGAUUAGUUAGAAAAGGUAAAUGCUGAGAAGGAAAGAAAAGCAUGUUGAUGAUGGGAAUGUGGUGGAGAGAGACAUCGAUGGGGAAAGAUGUGUAGUUUAGAAAGUAUUACAGUAAGAGUGCUGGCUAAAUAGGAAAAUAAAACUUGAGAUGCAAUACUGAAAUUGGCAGAGUGUGACUCAAAACAUACCGUUGACAAUGUUUUAGAAAAUCCUGACUGCAGUCUAUAAAUUCCACAGAGUUCUAUUUUUAAAUUCGUAUAAUUUGAAUUGAAUACAGGACCUUUCACAAGGGUUAUCUGGAUGUUAAAUAUGUUCACACUAUCAAUUUAGUCAACUCCAACGUAGGCAAGCUUGAUGCUGAGCGCACAGGCCUGCACUGACAAAGUGAGGUUGCUACUACCACAAAUCAGUUAAUUUGGCUUUUGCUAAAUGGUGUAAAAUCUGAACAAAAGGGAGGAGUAAAUAAGAUUCUGUUUACAAGACUCUGCUUGCACUACUCGUAAAGGGGAAGUUCACUUUCUUAUGACAUUAGACUUGCUUCUUGCUACAAAAAAAGAUAACAUGUAUACCUAAUUAAAGCAGACCUUGUUCCUGGUAGUUUUGGUAAAUCAAAUAUUGGUAAGAUUUUUAUCUUUUUUAGUAGUUGUAGUCUGUUUUUCACAUCUUGAAAUGUAGGAAGCCACAAAAUAUAAAUGUAUGACUUCCACUUUGAAAAUUUAUCAGAAAUUGAUAAUACUGAAAACCCUACAUUGUCCUACCUCUUCAGAGUUUGAAGAAUGGUAGCUAAAAAUGUGUGGAAGAUUUCUGCUGAUAAGGAGGUCCUUGAUUAAAAAAGAAACCAAAAAAUGUUGACAUUUAAAAUGUUUUCAUUUGGCUUGCAUCAAAAUUUGAUAUACUCUUAAUAGUUAGGUGUAUUUUAACUUUGGUUACUUAAAAAAAUGUGGAAGAAGAGGGAAAAAGAUACACUAGCAAAUAAAAUAAGUACUUGUAUCAGAAAGGGUGAUUUCCUGUCCCAACUCUAUUGAACUGUAAGUAUAUUUGCUCUAUGUUAACAUAAGAGUACCAGUAUUUAGCACAACUCACCUCUGUAGGAAGGCAAGUCUUCUGAGCAAGGUACUAUUUGUGUCUAUGUUUCAUGCUGUCAAAUGGUGUCAAAACUGCCCAGCAAUAUACUGAAAAAAACUAAAUAUAGCCCAAAUAUUCUUGCGAUCAAAAAAAAAAAAAAAAAAGAAAUUUGUCUUUUUGUACAGCCAACAGCUAUUUUAGUUUAAUCCAUCAAUAAGCUGUAUAGCUGCCUUUGCUCAGUUCUGCCUGUCUUGGUGGAGGUAGUGGGAUCACUUUUUAAUAUCUCUUUAUUCCAGCUACAGUGCUACUCUUACAAUAUUUUUAUAUUCAGCCUCUCUUACUGAAUAUGCUUUUAUUGCUACAUAUGAUUGCAUAGUCUGGGAAUGCUGAGACCCCAUACUUGUUUAGAUCAUGGUGACUAAUUAGGGGGCUCGCCAAAGGAAAUCUGUGAAUAGAGUUGGGCACCACAACCCACCACAUAAAGUGCUAGCAGUUAUUUGGGAAGCAGUGCUCUCCUUAACAACUUUUUCCCAAUGAAACAUUCUAAUAUUUGACUAGUCUAACAUUAACCUACACGCCAUUGUAGGGUGUGUUUUCUUUGCCAAUUUAUACUUGAAUAAUUUACCCAGGUACUUCAUGUAAUGAAUGCUGCAUGCUUAUUAAUCUCAACAAUGGAGAAGACUGUUCUCCCAGAACUCUUCAUUAAUAUGCUUGCUCUGAAAAAGGAAAAUUGUUAGAAUUAUUAGUAAACCAAAUGAAAUUCAUGGAAUGAAUUAGUCACCUGUGGCUUGCAAAAUUUCUUACAUUCUUAUGAAUUUGUUGUGUAGGUCUUGAAAUUUUUUAUUAGUGUGAUGGAUCUGUGUUGGGGGGGUUGCAGUUUUUGAUAUAUUAUGAAUUUUAGUAUGCCUUCCCAAUCUGUUUCUGUUGGUUCACAUUCACUUAUUUGAGCUACACUCCUCAAUACUCACCACUACUCAGUUUGAUUACUUUUAUUGCUCAAGUUAGCGCAUUUCUUUCACAAUAUGGAUCAAUGCAAGAGCUCUGGAGGCUCCUAUGCUGGGGUGCCUUUUAACUUUUUAUAGACUGCAUUUUGUAGCCAUCUGUUUUAAAAAAUAACAUGUUCAGCAGAAGGAGUUUGAUUUAAUUGAGCUACUAGAGGUUUUCAGUUGGAAUGUAAAGUUAAGGAAUGUGAGGACUGGACUUGAGUGCAUCUGAAGUGUGGGCAAAGCCCACAUAGCUGAAGAUGAAAUGCCUUUACUUCCCUGACUAGAAACGUUUUACCACCUUCUCUGUUUCUCUCAAUUUUUAAAAUGUUAUUAUUAGAAAAAAUAUCUAUGGUGCUGAAGUAUAUUGAUAUAUACUUAUAUUUGUAAAUUAUAGAAGUUACAGAUGUAAGUUUGCAUAUGCCGUUUUACAUUUUGUGAAUUAAGCUUCAGAUGUGUGCAGUGCAGAGUUUUUUUUUUCCCCUUUUCAGAUAAGGGUGUGUGAGUGAGAGGAAAAUGUUGAAGUCAAUUUCUGUCAGUGUGAGUUUUUGAAAGAUUUUUUUUAUCCUUUUUUGUUUUUCACAAGAUUGACGCCUUGGCACUCAGGGACUUUGGAUGAAAGAUAAAUAAAUUAAUAAAUAAAUAUAUAUAUUAAUUAUAAAUAUGUGAAAGCUGUCAUAAGGAUUAAAAAGUAAUAUUACAGUCUGUGUAUUAAGGUAAAUUUUUUAUGAGUCAUGUAGGAGUGUAUGUCCAUUGGAGUAAUAAUGCUAAGCAGUAUUUUUGAUGUAUAGGCGAGUGCCCUCUAGUGGUAAAACCAUGUAUGGCAGCUUUAAAAAUUGAUAAAAAAAAGACUGCAUGUAGUGAAUCAAAAAAUAAAUACUGUACUGUAUCUUUUGGCUGACCAAGAAUCUGUGGCUCAGUAAUAAUUGCAUGAAGUGUUUCAGUAAGGAAGCCAGCAGAGUCAUGCCCCAUUUUCCAUUUUGUUUUACAAGGCAAAAAAUAGGAAGGAAUGGUUAACGUGUAAUUUUACUGUGGUGUUCAUUAAUCUCAUUUGCCAUUGUACCUUUUAAUGAAUCCUCCUAUAGUGGAUAGCAAUUUGUAUUUUGAAUGGAUAUACUGAAUAUGAAUCACCAUACUUAAGUACAAAGUCACCAGAUCAUUUAGUUUUAUAACAUUAUAUUAAUUUUCUCCUGUUUAAUAUAAAUGGAAAUCUUUUGUCAGUAGGUAGCACUUUUUUUGGUUCAGGUAUGGCAGCCACAAUAGACCGUAUAUAUAAAUUUGGUUUCAAUACAGUUAUUCACUUUGAAAAUUUUCAAAAUUAAAGAAAAUAUUUACUUUUAAGAAAAUAUGUUUAAUCUUUUAACUUAAGUUUCUAGUCAUAUAAAAUUAGCCGAUUAUGCUGGUGCUAAGGCUGGGGUUUAUAACUAUAACAGAUGUCACAUACUGUUGUGGUUUUGUAUUUAUGAAUGCAGCAGCACAGACUUGAUGAUGAUAAAUAAAAGGUUCUUCCAGUC